CAGUAGCUAGCAGGUAGGUAAGUUAACUAAGCGAAGGGAAGGUGAAACCGAAUAUACUCCGGUGGAAGUAUGGAUAUUAUUCAGGUCAACUGAUUGAUCUGUGUUCACAUUUUCAGGGUCAAGAUUACCCUGCUGAUAUACCCAAAGAAUUUGCUGCAGAAUGUGGUACUCAAGCCUGUCUCUGCUCUUCCCAACACAGUGAAGAAAAAAUGUCCAGUAGAAGCCAGCACUAUGGGUUCCAGUCAGCCACCAUGGUGCAGCCUGCCAAUGGCGGUCAUGCCUAUCUGUUUGGAAACAAUGGCUCAGAGAACGACCUGUCAGAGGAGGAUGGGGAGAGCUAUGAGCUGCGGCCACGUGGCAGAGAGAGGCUGCGGAGAAGCACCUCCAGAGAGAAGAUGGAGGAUAUUAUCUACCUGACCAGGGAUAUCCAGGAGGGUGACACCCUGAACAGCAUUGCCCUGCAGUACCAUUGCUCAGUGGCUGAUAUAAAGCGUGCCAACAACCUUUUGACAGAGCAAGACUUCUUUGCCCUACGGUCGGUCAAGAUUCCUGUGAGGCGCUUUAGUGUCCUCACAGAGACUCACAGCACUGGACCUCACAAAUCAGCCUCCCCCUCAGGUGCCAGGCGUGUACCCCAGAUCUCUUCCAUGACCUCCCUCCCCUCUGAGUCCUCCACAGACUCUUCUUCAUCCUCUACCGACAGCGUGGAAGGAUUUCUCCUGGAGAAGGACAAGGACAUUGAGCGGCUGGUGAAGUCCACAGGUCCGUCUCGGAGCAGCCUGAAUGAGGUUGUGUCCUCCUUAACGCUGCAGCAACAGCAGCCACUGCUAGGAGAAGUCGAGUAUAAACCAGCACAAAAAAAGGACCCUUAUUAUGGAGCAGACUGGGGCAUGAGAUGGUGGACGGCUGUGGUCAUCAUGCUGGUUGUUGGCAUUGUUACACCUGUGUUUUAUCUGCUGUACUAUGAGGUUCUCAUGAAAGCUGACGUCAGCCAUCAUGGCAUUCCUACACAAGCUCAAGGCGACAUGCCUCAUGGACAUCUCCAAGACAAUAAUUUGGAUCUUCCUGUUGGAUAAAACAGCAGCGCAGAUGCUGGACAGCAAUGUGGUUUAUGGAGAUCCCACAUGCACUCGAUGUGGACAAAGCAGGAAGCGGUGAACACGGAGGGCUUGAGAAAACAUAACAAGGGAUUAUCACUUUACAUACAAGUUUGUUGCUAACUCAGAGACCAAAUAAAACUGGGUGGAUGUCCCCAUUUGAGUAGUUAUUAUAGAUUUAAUACAGCAAUGCAAUCUGUCUGACUGAGACAGUCACUUUAUAGUGGGGACAGUUACCAAGUAGAGGGACUAGUAAUAAGGGUGCGGCCACAGUCAUGCCGUGUGUCGGUCCAGCCAGAUAUGCUGUACAGAGUAUAAAAUGGGCCAAAAAUAACAAGUGAUAUGAUUGGCUCAGUUUUUUUCAAAAUGAUGGAUACAUUUCAGAGUUGUUAUCAGUGUCGCCAGUAGAAUUGAGGUGAUGUUUUUUCAUCUAUGCUGCUGCACUCUCAGUAAGCUUCACACAAACUGCGGGACAGAAAGUAACACUAACCAGUUUGUUUAUUCAGUAAUGAGGCAGUGGUCACACCCUGAGAGAGUAAUUAAUUCUGUGGUUGUGGUUUUAAACCAGUUUUUACUUAAUUUGGUCCAACUGUAUUUUUUGCCAUGUUAGAAAUAGUGUAUUUUCCAACGCUAUUGCUGCCAUUGUGUUUAAUAUAGAGUUAAUUUAUUACAAGACUAUUGAGCAUUUGCCUUUACCACUCAAACAGUAUUCAGAGUUACCAGUUAAAUUAUGUUUUUGAAUUUCCAUGAAAGUUGCUUGAAUUUUUCUUUCCUUUAGCUUGCUUGGAGAGAAGUGCAUUUUUUUCCAUUUCAAAAAACCUCAAAGAGCAUGGUGAGGAAAAUGGGAAAUGCACAGUAUUCCCACAAUGACUCAUUCUUGUAAUUAUGUGAAAUUUUAGACUUUGUUAUGUAGCCCUUUUAUUUUAUCACCGUCUUCACUUGACACUUCAUGAAAUGCAUAAUGUGUUUUUGACAGUAUGUGCCUUUCAAACUGUGGAAAUGUGCUACAGGCUGGAAAAUAAAUACAUCUAUUUUGAAUAAAUUAUUGCCAGUAUGCACAUAGU